AUGAGAUUAAAAUGUUAAGAAGGUGAUCAUUAGGAUGGGAUAGAGACGAUAUGUUACAAUUAAUUUUGUAGUGAAUAUAGAUUAAAUAGUUUUUAAUUUAUUAAAGAAUGUGAUGAUUUGAUUGAAGAUCUUAAUUAAUUUGUAGAAAGUCUCAAUCAAUCAUUUUCUGUAUUAAAAAGAGGAAUCAGAGAAAAAUAUUCAUUACAAAAAGAAAAAAUAAUAAAAUUAAACUCAUAGGAUAAUAAGGUUAUAAAAGAAAUCCAAAAACAUUUAUAGUCAUCUAUAAAUUCUGAAUAAUAUGACUUAUUAAUGAGUGAUUAAAUAAUGAUUACCAAUCAAAAUAUAUCUGUUUAAGAAAAUGAAUAAAUUUAAUAGUCAAACAAUUAAUAAAUCAUUAUUAAUAAGGAGAAUACAGAAAAAACGUAAUUAUUAGUAGAAAUGAGAGAGAAAGAAAAUUAACUCUAAAAUGAUUUUUAAGAUUUAUAAUCUUAGAGUAUUUUUUAAUAAUAUUUAGACUUUUAAUUGAAGAAAGAUAUCUAACAAUAAAUUGAAGCCAAAGAUGGAGACAAUAAAAGAUUUAGAGAAGAAAUAGAUUCAGUUUAAAAAGAAAUAUAUAAAUAAAACACUUAAUUUGAGAAAGAUAUAUAAAAACUAGAAAAUUUAAUUAAAGUAAAAGAUGAGGAUAUUGGCAACUUAAAAGGACAGAUUGAAUCUAUCAAUUAAAUGAAUAUUUAUCUUGAGAAGAGUUUGUAUAACUUUAACCCAAAUUAUAGAGUUUUAAAUAAAAUCUUAGUAAUUCUUUGAUAUUAUUAUUAUAAUAGUUAUCAUAAUUUUAACAGCAGUUAACUUUUUCACCAACACAUAAGGAGACUCAUUGUUAAGUUACAUAAAAUGGGAAGAUAGUUGAAAAUGGUAACUUCUGUUUGUGCAAUUAGACAAUUCCUAAAAAUGAAGUCACAUAGUUUGCAUUCAAAAUUAUUUAGCUAAAUACUGUUUAUUGUUAUAUUGGUAUUGGGAAUUUAGAGAUAAUAUAAAAGAAUUAGUUUUGUAGUGGUGUAGGUUGUGGAACUGGGUAAUGGCUUAUUCUUUUAUUUAGAUCUUAUUUAAUAAGGCCAGAUAAAUUGUUUUUUUCAAACCAUGAACAAGAUAAAAAUGGGUAAUAAUCAUCAUUUGAAUUCAAAACAAAUGAUGUUAUUACAAUAGAAGUAGAUAUGAAAAAUAAAAAUAUCAAAUGGACAAAUUUGGAUUCAAACCAAUCCUUUGUAAUUUUGAUUAAAAAUAAAUUAUUUUAGACUGCAAAAAUAGAAACAAAUUAUGAUUACUAACCUUGUGCGUGGGUCGGUGGUAAUAAAUUAUAAAUAUUACAAUAAAUUAUAUGA